GUCAGAAGUAUGCGACACGCCGACUAGAAGGAGCCAGUAAAGCAAACAGACAGCCGGAGUUGGAGCAUUUUACGAACAUGAGGACGUGAACUGUCAAAAACAGCGUAAAUGUAGCUUCGUAUGUUAAAUUUCGGUAAUUGGCGGGUAUCUUUACGCAGAGGGUUUCACUAUUUGAGCGGUAUGAGCUACGGGUACGGCGGUGGAGGAGGAGGGAGAAGAGGAAGAAGAGGAGGAGGAGGACGAGGAUACAGAGAUGGAAGUAGGGAAAGGUGGGAGAGAGGAGGCGGAGGAGGAGGCUCAAGAGGGCACAGCUCCGACUUUACCUCAGACCGAGGAGGAGGAGGAGGAGGACAGAGAGACCGACCUCCUCCUCACCUGAAGGGCCGUGAGAUCGGUCUGUGGUACGCCAGAUACGGAGCAGUGAGGAGGAAGCAGGCGGACCGGAGAUCGGUGGGUUUAACCGGGUUAACAUGCAUGUUCAGCAAGUGUAAUAUAGGGGAGAGUGGGGUAGGAUGAGACAUUUCUCAUAUUAAAGAUCACUACAUCAAGUCAAUCAUAGUUUUGUCUCUAACUAGUGUAUCUGCAUAUAUUUCAAGAUGUGUAUCCCUGCAAACCAACAGAAUGAGUGUAAACAGAACUGUCUUGGUAAUAUAGCAUGCCAAAAAAGUGGUCUCCUAUGGUCUUAUACAUACUUUAAAGAAUGGAAGGUCCACAUGAAUGGUCAUUUUGACAAGCUUUACUGGUUGCAUUUGUGGGUUACAGCUUCAUCAGGCCACAAGUGUAACAAAAAAUGGUCUUGCUUGCAUCAUAUUGACCUGAAGUAGAGUCCAUGUAGGGUAAUAACAAAGCACAACAUAUUUUGGCAGCCUGGGUGAUGUUAAACAUGAAUACAAGGUCCUUGUUGAGGAUAGUUGUCGGAGGCCCACGGCUCCAGAAAUCUAGUACUAAAGUAUCAGAGGUAUUUGAGAGACACAGCUCCACCACCCUCAACAAUGACAUGACUAGCUAAAGAAAAUCACCCUAGCAACGUGUAUAGUUGACCAUAGGAGCGGGUUAAGUUGAGCCGUAUCCCUACUACCCUCCCACUCUCCACCCCAGCCCUCCCUCACCUUCUCUCUCCCUAAAUAACAGUCACUUCUUCACAUUUAUGUGUAUUUUUUAUCUAUUAUACGCUAUUCAACUGGUACAAUAAUUCUUUUAUUAUUAUUGCAUAUACUGUAACAGCUAAAAAGCGGUUUUGUAAAAAGCCAUUUUAACAUGAGAAUGUCUUUAAAUGAUUCAGAACAUUCACAGCUGUUUUUUGAAAAGAAAAAGUAACACAUUUCAUCAAUCUGAACUGAAACUCUGAUCCUCUCAUCAGACUCCUUUACUUUUUCAGUUAUUCCACUGGCUCAACUAACCCCUGAACUACUAUGAUGACUUUAUUAGUCCUCUGAGCUAAAAUGGUAGCUCAAAGAUACCGAGAUUGAUGUAUAAAAGUGAAAAAAAAAAUGUGUAAAAGAGUGAAAAAUGGUUUAUUUUGUAAAUAAAUGUCAAACCCCUUCACCCAUGUGCUUCUAACCUUCACAGACUUCAUGAAUUUAUGCCCAUCUCCUAAAUAUUUGGUCACAUAAUCAAUUUCUUUUACCAUUUCAAAGCAACAGGGGGUGGCUCACCUUGCCCUUUGGCUCAACUUACCCUUUCCUGCUGAGCCUUUUUUGGUCUAAAUGUAGCCUAGAAGACUGGUCUAAAAUCAGGAUACUACAGGUCUAUAAAUGAAAGUUUAUUAGACCAAGUCUAAAUCUGGGCUAUAUCUAUACUACACUGUAUAUUAUUCAACGGCUAUCAUAAUUAUUUUAGUUAAGUACUUGGAGAUCAGAUAUGCAACUCACUGUUGCUUUUUUAAAUAAAUAGUUAUCUAAUAGAAAAACUAAAAAAUAACUAGACGUCUAAUAGCCGUCUAUUGCUCAGUGGGUUGGCUCAACUUACCCCACUCUCCCCUAUCCCCUGAGAUCUUUGGCAUCCUCCCUAGGUGGGCUCAGAUCCCAGUUUGGAGAGGAAAUGCCCAAACAGUCGACAAAAUUACGCCAAAUCUUUGUUGAGAGAGCACUUGUUUUAUAGUUAACUUUGAUGCCAUGACUGUGGGUGUCUGAUCGUUCUCCUGUCACAUGUCUGUGCUCAGCGUGCCGUGGUCCAGAUGGAUGAGGCCAGAGAGCAGCACAUUACCAAGCUGCUGAACUCGGUCCAGAAUGAUCAGCAAGGUCCAGGAAGAGAUGGCAAAGAUGCAAGAGCCUCUACAUCCAGAAACUUGCAGACAACUACGAGUAAUAGCAACGCUCAUUGGUAAGAGCAGCCUGAAGUACUAUUGUGGUACAUGAACAUCUCAAGCUUUCGACAAAGAGAGCGGGUAAUCAACAUAAGGACACUCUGCAUGAUGUAGAUACUGCGCUGUAUUUAACAUGAACCUGACCUGUGAUUGCAGCUACUUUGAUGGGGAUCUCCCUAAAGAGGAGGAACUGAAGAUUGAGAUCAAAUCUGAAGGAGAGGAGGAAGAAGAAGACCAGAGGACAACAGCUCAUAAAUCACAACGGUAACUUUUGAAGUAAACUGAGAAACCGUGAUAGGACCCAUCAAUACAGAACUCUUAAUAUCAGCUCGGUUCAACCAUAUUUGGGUCUUUAUACCCCUCAUUUUUUUUUGUUUUUGUUCAGUUACUUCUCCCACACAGUCAUUAAAGAUGAGCCUCCAGACAGCUGGGAUGCUGAAGAGCAGCAGCAGCAGCAGCACCAGCAGCAGCAGCUGGAGGAGAGAGAGAGACUGAGAAAACAAGACAGGGAUCUGGAAUUCUUAUUUCAGGAUGUAAUCAGAGACAAUUCGCUGGACGAGUCCUUAAAGAUAGACCUGCAGAAUAAAAAGUCUGAUCCAAAGUACAAAGAAAUGUUGGUAAGUAUGAUGGAUAUCAUUUUUCUGAAUGGAGUCUUGACGAGGGAAACUGGUGCAUAAAAGCAAUGAUGAGAGCGAGUUUAAAUGGCAACACAGUAAACAACACAAAUAAGACUCGGCAACAUGGUGAGGUAGGAUGUCAGUAAUCAAAAGAGUCUAAUUUCUCAUAGAUGAAAGAAGAAUAUCUGCUCAUUUAUUCACACAGCAGAUCAGUCCCAUAAUCACAGUAUUAUACUGUUGUAGUCCCUGAAUGAAUGCAUAAAUGAUUGACAAACUACAAUCAAACCUGUGAUUACUGAGAUAUAAAUAAAUAAUGUUUUGGUGUUUUGAAAUUUUUGAUUUCCUGGGUUCCAAAGGUAGAACAAACUAAAGAAAUCUCAUCUUCAUCUUGCUCAGUUUGCUUGUUUCCAACUGUCUGGUUCUAUUUAUGUCCUCAGAAAUUCAGGGAGAAACUUCCAUCCUACGCGAAAAAAGAGGUAUGUUUUUGAUCACGUCAUUUAGUCUCCAUACUCCGUUUCUAAAAUACUACGAGAACAUGAGAACAUUUUCCUCUCUUAUUGCUCUCAUCUCGUCUGCUCCCAGGAGCUUGUAGAUCUGAUCAACUCAAACCGUGUCCUGGUGGUGAGCGGGGAAACAGGGUGUGGAAAGACAACUCAAGUCACCCAGUUCAUCCUGGAUGAUCACAUCAAUAGAGGCAUGGGCUCCAUGUGUCGUGUGGUCUGCACACAGCCUCGUCGCAUCAGUGCAAUAUCGGUAUGUUUAUUACUGUCAGACUGUGUUGGAUUGUAUAUUUUUCUGUAAACUAUGAGUAAGGUUGAUUUUAAGUUUGAUUUGAGUUUCAGUUUGAUUGCUAUUUUUUCACAAUGCUGAUGAUGAUUUUGUGUAUUUGCUUCCUCUCAGGUAGCAGAGCGUGUUGCAGCAGAGAGGGCUGAAAGCGUAGGCAAUGGAAACUCUUGUGGAUACCAAAUUCGUCUGCAGAGGUUAGUAUGUCCCUUUGAACAUGUCAAACUGAUGGAUACGAUUUAAAAUUACAGGAAAGUUUCAAACAUGUUAAGGUUUAACAUAGAUGUUGAUUCUGUCCACUUAAAUACUGACCAUUUACAUUCAGCAAACCAAUUAUUUUAGGAAGUGAUGAACCAGAAUGAAACUAAAACCAAAAAUUUGUUGCCCAUCACCAACUGCUGGUGGGAAAUACCUCAAACUAGAGGAAAAACAAAAUCAAAUUUCAAUGUCCAAAUGGUCUGGUUUUGGUUUUGGUUUGCACACGGCUGUUUUUGAAUUUGAGAGAAAUAACUGAGCCAAGAGAUUCAGUGGUCAAACUAAGACUGGUGGAUUUACCUUUGCCAGAGCCAAACAUGUUGGUACUUUAUGGAGAUUCAGUUUGUUACAGCCUGACUAUUAAACUGUCUAAAACCACGACUCAUGAUUCAACAAACACAUAUAUGGAGGCCUGAAAGAUUUAUCUAUUCUGUAUUUUCAUUUUUAAGAUUUGGGAAGAGAUUUGAAAAAAGUUACUAAACAGACUGAAAUCAAUAUUAAUGCCUCUUCAUGACAUUGAAAAGCAGACAUCAUUGGAAUGCAGAUUGGUUUUGUUUUCUGUAUUAAUAUGUCUAAUGUUAAAACACCAGGUACCUCUACAGGAAAACCCUUUUAAAAAACAUAUUUUUGAUGGCAAAAGUUCUCAAAUAUCUUCACAUUUUAAAGCUGAAAAAUAAGAUGCACGUCUUAGUCAUGAAAGGUCAAGAUCAGCGAAGAGCUCAGUCUAUACAGGGAGUUAAAAAAUCAAGAGUAUUUCUAUCAGGGGCUUUGAAGAGUGUCUUGUUGGGUGGGCUUAACUCGGCUAUGUAAUGAUAGGAAUGAAACAACAUUAGAAAUAAUCAGGAAGGAGAUAUUUAUAACAGAGGAUGAGAUGAAAAGAAGAAACUCUUUUGUCAGACCGAGGGAAAGUGAUACGCAGGAGACGAAAUAAACGGAAGACAAAUUAUCACAGAGUGUGAAAGGAAUGAAACACACAACAGGCCGCUAGACUUCAGCGUGGGACCGUUUCUGACGUCUUUGGAGCUGUUUCAUAUGAAGCCAUUUUCUUCCGUUUUCAUUCACCGCAUUUUUGAUUCAAGCUGUCCUUGUGGGAGAAAGCACUCGAAUAAAGCCUGGACGGUCUAGAGAGGCACCGUCACUGCUGAUGGUGUCCACGGGUGUCUCUUUGUGGGUCCGGAUUCCAAUCUUGUGAAUUGAUCCUGUGGGAUUAGUGAAACUGCAGUUUCUGCUAUUCAGCCCCUCUACUUGAAAAAGAAAAGAAACUCGGUUUGUGCAAGGUUAGAGGACGGAGUGGGUGGCUGUUAUGGAAGCCUGGUUCUUGUUCAAUUUCACAGGAUGUCUGCUAAUUUGUUUGGUGGUUUUCUCAGUAGUAGAAACUUUAGAGCCCGCCUGAUAGAAACCUCAAGGUUAGUGUCGCUUUAGUAACACAAAGCAGAUGGUUUUAUCUUGGACGCCGACUUAAAGCUCUUGUGAGAAACUUUUAACACGUGUAAUGAAAGAAAUCAGAAUAAACACUGAAGUCUCAUUGUGAGCUACAAGAGCAAACAAGGCCAUCAGCAGUAAGAGUGUUAUUUCUAAAGUGUUAUUUUUGAUGCCUUGGACAAGAUUUCCAGUUUAAAAAGUUGCUUUUACAUGAACAGGAUGAAAACAGCACAAAGAAAAGUGCGUUAUGGUUGCUUUAAAGCUACGGUAAGGGAUUUUUAACCAGGUAUGAAACAUAUGAAAACAUAGUGAGGUCUCUGAGCUUCAAAAGCAAAUUGUAAAGAUUGAAUAUUUGUAGACAUUUUACCUUUUUUCAAUUUUCAUUAUUGUUAAUUGUUCUCCUCCAUCAUUAUACAUCCUUUUUAAUACAAAUCAUCUGUAUUCUAUUGUGUUUUUGCCUUUAAUCUUGGUCUUUUCUUUCACCUGUGUUUAAUCAGCCUGUCUGUAUUUCUUCUGUUGUUUGGAGCGUCUUUUUCUUGAAUAGGUUCAUUUGUCAGUAAAAACUUUUCAGGGUUAUAACAGAGGAAGUCUCUCCAUGAUUGCUACAAACUUUUAAUCCCUUGUUGCUAUUUGAAAAUGCGACUGAUGUUAAAAACGUAAACAGUCGCCCAUUACAACCAGUUUUAUUACUUAUUAAAUAGCGAUCUCUUUAUCAGCGGCAUGUUAUUGCAGCAUUUAUCUCAGCUUUAUGUGCAGCACUGUGUACGGGCUGAGCAUUGCCUCUAUGAAAUAGUUAUUAAGAAACCAGCCGUAAAAGUAACUCAGAAAGUUUGUAUAAAGUCCUGAAAUGAAAUAGAGUCAGGACCUGCUGGAGAGAUCGAUGCUUGAUUAUUUUGCUGUCUGGUACGCUCAGUGUUGGAAGAUGAAAAGAGAAUCCAGAGAUUUAUUCUUUUACCCGGAAAUGUAAAGUCUUUCCUCUGUUUUUUCUUCCUCCGUUUCUUAGCCGGUUACCACGGAGACAAGGUUCAGUCCUGUAUUGUACAACAGGAAUUAUUCUUCAGUGGCUUCGCUCAGACCGGUGAGUCCUCUCCCUCCCUCCCCUUUGCUUUCUUGACCUCAUCAUAUCUCCCCUCUAGCCUCUCUUUCUUUUCCGCGCUCUGGCUCCAUUCGUGAGCUCAAGCUCUCCUGCCUCCGCUCUUAUUUACUCUGUAUCACUACUCAUUGAUUCGUGGAAGAACCGUUAAUAUGGAUCCCCAUUCAUAUAGGCAGGGAUCCAAAGAGACACACGCACACACAUACACACACAAACACACACAGCUUCUGUUGACUCAACCCUGCGUGCUCAUCCUUGCAUUCAGUCAGCCUUUAGAAAAACCACAGGGACUGAGGGAGGGUGCCAGCUUUUCUUCUUGUCUUGCUUCAUGCUCCGUGAGAAUUGGCAGCGACUCCACUCAGAGUCAUCUAAGGACUAUAGUUGUCUGACAAAAAUGCUUCAGCUUACAAGCUCACAAGGCGUACGAGCUGACAGCCUGUGUGGACUGCGGCGAUGUUUUCACCUGUCAGAUCCGAUGUUGACUGUUUGUCUGCAGCCACCUCAUUAGUGACGCACUCGCACCCUUUGUUGCGUGGACACUUUCAGCUAAUGACUAAAGACUGAUAUAUUGCACUUCAUUGCUCAGGAAUUAUGUAAAAUGUGAAAAAUAAGACCAAGAGUUGGACAAAUAUAAUGAAAUAAUUACAGUUUUUUUUAAACACAGGGAGGAAAAUUAAAGUUGCUCCAAAACGACAUUCGAAUAUUUGUUCUAAAAAUAACACAUAGGUCCGAACAUAUUUGAAUAUCUAGCUUACCGUAUUUUUUGCACUAUAAGGCGCACUGGAUUAUGAAGCACAUUAAGCCAAACAAAACAGUGAGAUAAAUCAAACUUUAUUGAACUCAUUCAAUAACUCCGUGAGGCUACGGUAGCUGCAGUGCUCCGACAAGCCAAAAGGAUUUUAAGUGUGCCUUAUAGUGCGAAAAAGACGUUACACAGCUUGUAUAUAACUUUUUUUUGCACAGCAUUUUUUCCGUCUACUUUGUCUAAAAUCUGAAGAAUUUCCAAACGGCACUUAUAAAGUUCAUUGGAGUCCAGACCCCUCUCUCCGAGUUUGGCUCCGAACAUCCCACCAUCUGCAUGUGCAGCUCCUGUGACAUGUCCCUGACCCGUUGUUACAGUGCGCUCACUCGUAAAGCAGAUGUUUUUUUAGUUUUUUCCCACUCAGUUUUUCCCAGCUGUUUAUUUAACAUCAGAAUAUUCAUUUUCACAUUAAAAUCUCGUUUUUUCUUCAAUAUUUAAAUAUGUAUUUGAAUUUAGAAUAUCCGUUGACAACCCUACUCGACCAUAGACUGUAUAUAUUAUGGACAACUUGGUUACGCCUCCUGCCUGUAUACGGAUUUGAAGCCAAAAAGCUCUCGGUAUUUCCAUGAUUUUUCUUCAUUUCCUGAAACCAGCGUUGCGCAGUAGCGCACUUGGCGGGAGAGUCACCGAGAGUCGCUGUGAUGACACUCGGCUCAAACAGCGUAUCCCGGGUGAGCUUCGUACACCCAUAGGCUGUAUCAAGUAACUACAUGUCAACACCGCAAGCAGGGGGAGUAAAAUUUAUAUUCUGUGUCAUAAAUUUUAAAAGCUUGUCCACAGCUCCAUAAGCCCGCCAACAGAGGGUGCUGUUCUAGGAGCGGCUUCAACCAGCGAGGAGGCAGACUCUGUCCAUUCUAUAUACAAGUCUCUGUACUCGACUUACAGUCAACCUCCGCCUCAAACCAUCCCUGUCUUUUGUUUUAGAUUGCUGUCCAGUGUCAGCCACUUGGUGUUGGAUGAAAUCCACGAGAGGAACCUGCAAUCUGAUGUUUUGCUCGUCAUCGUGAAGGACCUCCUCAGCCUCAGGGAAGACCUCAAAGUGAUCCUCAUGAGCGCCACACUCAAUGCAGAGAAGUUCUCCAAAUAUUUUGGUGAGUCUCUCACUAAGAGGAGUAUAUUUUUUUUCCCUCAAUAUCAACGCGUCUCUCUGUUUCAUCAACCCCCAUCAUCUCCUUUAGACAACUGCCCAAUGAUCCACAUCCCUGGACUGACGUUCCCAGUGGAAGAGUUUUUACUUGAAGACAUCCUGGAGAUGACCAGGUAGGACAACAUCCCAUUCAAAUAAACAGAAAGCUGCUUCUGCUUCUUUUUUCUUCAAACGGUGCCUUACAUGAAAUAAUUGGUGUCCUUGAGGUAUCAGCCCAAGAGUCAGGACCGCCGCCCCGUGUGGAAGAGACGCUUUUGGCAGGGGCGAAACUCCAGACCUGAGAAAGAGGAGAAAGAGGCCGAAUACCACGGGAGCUGGCCCGCUUAUGAACGCACACUACAGGGGAGGUGAGUCGCACAAAUCCAGCGGCUGUCCUCCUGGAUGUAACUUUUUAUUUGACGAUUCUCUUUUCGCUCUCUUUUAUGGUGUCUCCUCUGAGCUGUGGAGGGAGGUUAAGAGCAGACAGAUAGUGUUUCAUGAUGAAUAACUUACAGAUAGGAGGCAGUUUUCUACAGUGAAGGGCUUCACAGCCACACAUUAACCUCAGAGAGCGUUUCUUCUUGUAAACUAGACUUUUGGGUGCCAUUCAAAAAAACGUGCAAACCUGAAAAUACAUCUGAAAACGUGAUUUGUCUUUUUGUUUUCUACUUUUCAACGCUAGAAGCGGUGCGCUCUCAUCACAAUAUUGACACGUCCCUCCAAUUAUAUUUAGAAAAAUGAAACUUUAAUAAAGGCUGUGAUUCAACCCAGCGUGUAUUCAAGUUUGGGAGUCUGUCUGUGCUCGACAUUGACAAAGAAUCAUUAAAGCGUUCGCUCGACAGGCCCCGAAAUGAUUGAACAGAAAACACUCUUUUGUUUUGGACUGAGUUCUGUCUGAAACGCCUGCAGCAUGUGAAUACCUUUUCGUUUGAUCAUUUUGAAACAUAAAAAAUUUCAGGUAAACAUCAUCAGGGUCUCAACGGUUCGUGUAUUGUUGAACCUUUUCAAAGCCGAUAACAAACUGCCUUCUCUUGACUUAUAGACGAUGUGCAGCUUUGUCAGUGUACACCUUCUGUCUGUGUUUACGACCUUGCAAAAGUGAGUCUUUGGUGACAGAUUUUACAUCAAAAUGUAGACUCUGUAGUCAGGAGUCUCAGCCUGGAAAGCAUUUAGAUUGUUAUUGACAAAGUUUGUCAUUUUCUUUUGUUACACAUCUUUAUCCUGAUAUUAUUGGAUUGUCUGUGACUGAUAAGACAACGGGUUUCCUUUUCAUACAUCAUACUGCUGUCAAGCCAAAGUGAAGUCUCUGUGUUACACAUUAUCUAAUGAUGAAUGGGUGCUACUCUGGAUAGGGGUGUCCUGAUACAACUUUUUUACUUCGGAUACGAUACAGAUAUUGUAGCCUUCAGUAUCGGCCCAUACCGAUAUCGAUCCGAUAUUGGCACAAACUUGUGUAUGAGAAGUUUUGCACUCAGCUGCAAUGACUUUGAACGAAAAAUACUGCCACACAGCCGACAUCACUCCUACUCCUCGCUAUUUUGUUUGUACUGUAGUACACACUUUUAUUGUGUUCACGUGGGCGCUGCUAGCUAAAGGUGCCGGAGUGGAGUCUGAAAUGGACUGCUUGUAUCGGAGUGCUGAUAUCUGAGAUUUUAGAUGCAGGCCGAUAUAAUCCGAUAUUUGUUUUUUGGCUGAUAUUGAACUGAUCAGAACAGCCCUAACUCUGGAGGACGUAUUAAGGCUAAAACAUCCAGGAUGCGUAUUUGGAGAGUGGAAGCAUCAUAUCGAGAGCAGCACUACUAAAGAUAUGCAGCGAGUCUAUUUUUGCUGCUCUACGCUUCCAAUGCGCGUCAAUUCACACAGAGAAGAUCGUUCUACACAGGAAGUCAAGCACUAAAACCGCACGUCAUCCGGUAUUUCAAAAUAAAACUCUAUAUGUGAACUCCCGACUGUGUAUCAGUUCGUGUAGAUGAGAAAUACUUUCUGGUUAUGGAUUUAUCAAUAACAUAGAACAAUAUGACGGUCAAUCCCUGAUCCAUGUGGACCCCAACAGGACUUUUAACUACUAACUCUGUCUGAAGGUAACAGCACAGCAUAAAGGAACAUAGUUUACUUAAUUAAACACAAGUAAACCUGCAAAAAAACUAUACUGUAAAAUCACGUUGUUAUUUCACAUAUAGUAGAGGCUCAACAGUCACUGAAUUAUAUCCAAAUUAGCAGGAAAUUGACCACAGAAAGGAAAAACAAUCUGUUGUGAACAUGUUGUCUCCUCUAUACUGAGCCCAGCUGACCGGGGCUGCACUACGCUGCUGCUACGCUCCAAUUACGCAUCCUAUAUGCGAUACCCAAUGCUGCUUUGCAAAGUAAAUACGGAAUGCACUCAAUACGGAUCCUGUAUGUUUUUGGCUUUAGACCAAACUAUAUCACAUAUACAGAUAAUACCAUAGUUUAAAAGCGGGUGAUAUGACCCCUUUAGGAGAAAACUGGAAACAUUUUUGUUGCCAUGGAAACGCAUAUGUUCACUUUAAUUCUUUGUCUUUGUUUUAGGUACUCUGACAGCACCAUUAAAGCUCUGGAGAAGUUAGACGAAGAUGAGAAGAUUGACCUGGACCUGAUCCUGGCUCUGAUUCGCCAUAUUGUCCUCAACGAUGAGGUGAGUUCUGUAUUUGGUUCCAGGACUCGAAUGAUAAAGUAAUACAGUUCUGUUAAGUUUUAAAGAGGUGAAUUCAGUCUCUCAUGUGACUGGUAUCCUCAGGGAGUCCUGAGUGCGUCUGUCACCAAAAACAUCUUGAAAAUCAUCAAACAUUUUGAUCGUCGAUACCCCCAAAGAGCACAGGUCCCAGUUAAAGAUGCUUUCAGAUCACGGGAAAAUUGAGAGUUGACGCAGGCGUAGAAAGUGGCGAAAGUAGACCGGGGUAGUACAGUCUUAGGUAGAGCAGAUGGAAGGAACAGGAGGGCUGGCUUCCAAACUCUGAACGACAUUAGAUCAGAGGAAAUAACACAGAUCCUGGCAGAGGCUCUGUGCUAAUGAGUGAUGGAACAGAUGCUCUCCCAACGCACGUCCAAUCUCUUUUUUUUUUUUUCUUUUCCCAUUUUUUUGUUUAAUGUGCUUGUUUUAUGCCAGCAGCAUUUUAGGGCUCAAUUCAGAAUGAGCUGUGUGCACUUUGAUGCCAGCUCAGCCUGAUUAAACUUUUCCUCCGUUUUAUAAUUGUUUGACUUAUUCACUAAUUUGAUAUCAACUCACUGUAAGCAAAAGAAAGCAGAGCACAAGUUUAGGACUGUAUUUCAUCAUAAAAAAAAACUUUUCUCUGAUUUUGUAAUUGCAGCAUGAUUCAGUUUUUUUUUUAUCAACUGUUACUUGAAAUGUGUGAAAACAGCGGCACAAUGUAAUCCAAUUUCACAAGCGUUACCAUUCAGUGUAUCCCAUUAAAGGGGAAAUAAUGAAUGUGAAAACAGCACGGGGUAUUCAGCGUUUGAAGUGGAGAAACUGCAACACUUUGGUCUCACUUUUUCUGUGUUUUACCAAGCGGAGCGAGCGUAAUCCACUCGUUAGUUUGCAGCUGCGUUUGGCGAGAAGCGGUAAAUGAGAAAGGAAGGGGGAGAAACAGACAGGCCCCAGAACAAGGAGUGACUUACGCAGACGGGCAGAAUAAUUACUCUGUCCACCGCGGAGCAGCGUCUCUAUCAGUCACGGCCACAACCGAGCCGGUCAACCAGCUGAUUCUCCGUGGCAUUGUCUAAACGCUGAGAGGAGACCGGCUGAUUCUGUGUGACGGCGUUGUGGAGCGAGGACACGACGGUCUGCCAGACUUUCCACUGUGAUGAUUGGUUAAUUAUGUUUCAGGGCUCUGUGAUUAGACACCUAGGGGGCUGACAUGCAGGCAUUAAUGAACGCCUGCUGGGGUGCAAUUGUGUGUUUAUGUGUGUUUAUGUGGGUGGUUUGGUGCGCUCGCCUGCUAAAUAGUAGGCCAACACAGUCAGGCCUUCUGCACUGUUUCUUGCCGUUUAGCUGGAUUUAUUUGGAGCCUUUUCCAGCAUUGCAUGGGUGUUAGCAUGUGUUUCCUCCUCCACCUCCUCCUCCUCUUUCUCGUCUUUCUUUCUUUCUCUCUCCCACAUAAACAGAUAUGAAGAUACACAUUACCAGUCCCAUGUGGGUGCAAGCUGGGUUGACAGACUAGUAAUGAUAAUUAGCUUUAAUUAAAAGGCAGAGGUACCCAGAAACCGGAGAGCUACUUUUUAGUCUGUUCUUCAUCCUCCCUUUAUUCCUCUGAGGAAAUGAGUCGCUGGCAGAGUCAUUUUUUAAAGAGCUGGUUAUUUUACACAACCUCAUUAUUAUCAUGAGAGUCAUUUUUGUUCAAAUUUAGGUCUUAGAUGUGAUAAAAAUGCAUUUUUAAAAGUUUCUCCCACAUUAAUCUCUGGUUUGAUUUCGUUCCGGUUCCUAAAGUCCACUGAAAUUGUUGUUUUUGAUUUUAACGUCCAUUAAGUGAGGAGUUAAUUAUUUCAGAGUCAAGCCUCACUACAUUCUGACUGGUAAUGACUGAUUCAUUACGACUAAUUCAGUAUUUAAACUCCGAAUGUUCCCAUCAGAAUUCUGUAAAAGCUCUGCUGGUUUAUUCAUGGCUCAGAUUUUCCUUCCAAUAAUCAGAGUUUGUGGAAACUUUGCUAAAUUUUAACAGAUAUGUAAUUAUUUUGAGUCACUGAAUACAACCCGUGUUUCAUCAGAAUCAAGAGGCAAUUUAUUCUGAAAAGUUUUACAGGAAAAACAGGUUUAAGGUCCUUUCACACAGAAGCGUUUUUUUCGUCAAUAUUUUUUUUUCGAACCCGUAUCCUGUCAAUACAAGCGUUCACAUCAGCGACCUUUUCCCGUCCUGGAUAUUGCAGCGUUUAUUUUUUCGUAUCACAGUCAAAUUUUCAAAAGUUUUCCUCUGACCAAUCAGAUUUCGUGUUGUUGCAACAUAUGAUUCACCGGUAUAUCCAACAUGGCCGACCGGCUAAUUGUUUACGUAUUGGAGAACAGAGUGUUUUUUGUUAAAAAAAACAAACAUUACAAAGAUAACGACCUGAAGGACAACUUGUGGAGAGUCAUAAUGUCGGAUUUCUCAUAUGACGAUGGUUUGUGUGCUUUAACAGUUUGCUAAACGUCUUUGUUUUAACUUUCAUCUAUGCUAAGUAACUUUAGCCCGUAAGCUAACCUGUUCAGAUACAACAUACCAUAUGUAUUUUCACUGUCUCAAACUCAAUCACGUUGCUGUCACAGCACCAUUAGGUCUCGGUUGUUACCUUACUUUUCUGGAUUAUAGUUUAAUGUUCUUAUCUGGUACUGGCCCCGACUCAGUACAUGCUAUCAUGACAGACAGCCAUCUCAACACUAGUGUCUAAUCAGAACUGAAAAACACUCAGUCUGCUGUUUUGUCAGUUUUCUCGCUUCCACCCGGGACGCGUCUUUUAUUCCCCCGGAGAGUCGCAAAAUCGCAUUGCGCUUAUUGUGUAUAGUCAGGCGCGUCAAAAUGCACCUCUGAAUAUUUUGUAAUUUCGCGUUGUAUAUUUGCGUCGUACUCGUUGAGUAAGGACCUUUAUUUUAUUUAAAGUGAGUACAACUAAUUUAGUUUUAUGUGCAUUUUAGUGUCCUAGUUUAACAUAUCUCCUGUCUGUUACAUUAAAGGUGUUGGUUUUAUGCAGCCAGUCAGCAGGAGGAGCUUGAAAUGGUUUGGCUUCACUUUGAGGCUGUUAUGUCGUCCCUGUUUUUAGGAAAUCUGUAGUUUUAUGUUCUCUACCUGUGGUGUCACGUAGAUAGUCUGUAUUUCUAGGUUGACUUGUAUUUCCUCUUCUUUUUGCUGCAAUAAUAUUUUUUCUUGUUAAAAAAUUCUGAUUUUUUUUCUUUAUUUGGCAGAAAAAAAAACUGCUGAAAGUUUGAUGGUCAGUCAUUUGCUGCUGUUAGCAGACAACCUGACUGGAAUACUGGAGUAACUCCCUUUUUAAUCCAUCCUCCGCCAUUAUCCUCCUGAUGUUUUCCCCGUUUGCAUUUGUGUCUCUAUUUUCCAGGAGACAAAUGUGCACAUUUUUCGCAGCUUUGAAAGAAUUGGGUUCAUCACUGUGCUGAUGGGCAUUAGCGGCAGUCUCGCAGUGGUACGCUGUUGUUGUUUUAAUGAUGUUGGCGGGCAGAAUCAGGCCUCAUUGUGUGACUGAUUGUGGAGGUUGGAAGCUGAGGGCAAGUUGUCUCCAUCUGCCUCACAUCAGCUCCUCUGAGGGCAGAAGCAUCCUGCCCACUUGGCUCGGUUGUAGCCAAGACGCUUUUGCCAUUUGGCUGAUAAUUGUUUCUCUGUUUGUUCAGCUUUCUUUCUGUCUGAGAUCUGGCUCAUUGUUGUGUCAUGCGUCUGUCUUACAGGACGGAGCAAUCCUGGUCUUCCUGCCUGGCUGGGACAACAUCAGCAGUCUGAAUGACCUGCUCAUGGCUCAGCAGAUGUUCCGAUCAGGUACAAACUAAGACACACAGAGAGCAUUCAAGCAUAGCAGAGACUUACAGAUUUAUGAACCAAUCAUCAGCCUGUUUUCUUACCUGGUUAAUACUUGAAUCUGAUUGGUCAAAACACCUUGACAACAGUUACUAAUCCGCAGUAGCAAGACCGAUUCAAAGAUAAAGGUUGGUUAUUUUGCGUCGAUUUUAAAUAGGAUUUAAAAUAUUCCAAAGGCCAACUUCACUAUUUCCUCCAGACUAUUUAGAUUCUUAAAUGUAAUAAUCAGGUAUUCUGGAUGAGGUCAGCUGAUGAUGAAAACUUAAAAAAGCCGCAGACCUCAAAGUGUGAUGGUGAUAAUUACAAAACCUCCAGUGGGAUCCUGAGAAUGACCCCCGCAGUGAUGUCGAUAUGUUUCCGUUCGUUGGUUUAAUCUUAUAAAUUCAGCAUAUUUGCACCGUCACAGAUUUUUUUGAUUAAAGAGGAGGGUGUAAAUGAGAUUUUUUGACACAGUAAUUGAACUUUCUUGCUUGAAAAAACAUUAAAAAUGAUUAUUAAUCCAAGAAGAGCAUUUUUGUACCUCAUAAAGAAAGACUGCAGGGGACUCAAGUGUAUUUUAACACUGGAUAGCACUGAUUUUUACUCCUCCAAAGUUCAUUUAAUAAGGCGAUGAAUCCUUCUGUUUUUUAGGAAGUUGUCAAGCAGCUUUACAAACUAGAAACACUAUCAUAUGUUGGCUUUGUUUGACAUUUUUUUGAUGUCCUUUUGUGUUUCAGAUCGGUUCGUCAUCAUCCCCCUUCACUCCUUAAUGCCGACCGUAAAUCAGACUCAGGUCAGCGUUCUCCUUCUCUCUCUUUGUCUCUGACGACUGUCAGCUUUCUUCCCUUUUCAAUAUCAGAAAACGUCCAAUCUCACCUCUCUUUCUCACCCAUCUCAGGUGUUCAAAAGGCCUCCUCCAGGAGUUAGAAAGAUUGUGAUUGCUACCAAUAUAGCUGAGACCAGGUAUGUGUGUGUGAGCGCGUGUGUUGGUUUGGGUUUCCAGACGUGGUAAAAACACCCUUUGAAACUUUAUUCUCGGUUUUUUACUUUCUUGUGAGUUUCCGGGGAAAGAGAAAUGAUGACUCUUCAAGCUUUAUGUGUGUCUGUGUGUGUGUGUGGGUGUGUUUGUGUACUUAAUUGUAAAGCAGUGAGUUUGGGAUAUCAUUACAAGCGGUUGGUUGGGUGCUAAUUAGCAUACAUUUCUCGGAUUGAUAUGAAUACUGUCAUAAUGGCUUUGAUGGAACCAACUGAGUCUCUGACAGGCAAUUUGUAAAUGCAUUCACAGACUUCCGCUCGCACACACACAUACAGACACACACACACUGUGCAAAUUAAGAAGCUGCCUUCUUUCCUGUCACAUCACUCCACUAAAUAUAGCCUCCGAACUCACCAAAGGGCUAAAUAUUAUUUUUACUUCUGAAUGAGUGUGUGUGAGUGAAAGGCUUUACUCAGCAUCCCUGACAGACCGCUUUGAAGAUUUAUUUUUCUGUCUGCUUUUGCCUCCUAUUCUAAUUCUGGUCCUCCGUCUCCCUCCUCUCUCUCUCGCACAGCAUCACCAUAGAUGACGUUGUCUUUGUGAUCGACGGCGGCAAGAUUAAGGAGACCAACUUUGACACGAACAACAACAUCAGCACCAUGACGGCCGAGUGGGUCAGCCUCGCGAAUGCCAAACAGAGGAAAGGACGCGCCGGCAGGUGUGUUGGUGUAUUUUAUAAUAAAAGUUAGCCAUUUAAAAGUACUUCUCUCUGCCUCUUUGUCUGAGAGGCAAAGUAGAAUCACUCCCUGGUUGUUUCCAGUCUGAGACUCGAGACGUCUCUGCUGUUAGCUCGCUCUGACAUCAAAGUGGAAGCCCAAUUAACCUGAGCUGCUAGCUGAGUGCAGUUUCAUCCCACUGAUUUAAAAAUUAAGCUCUUGUCACCAGACUAAAGUAGGCGUCUUUUCUCCUCCAGAGUGUGUCCAGGGAAGUGCUAUCAUUUGUACAACAGUCUACGAGCCAGCCUGCUGGAUGCCUAUCAAUUACCUGAAAUUAUGAGGACGCCGCUGGAGGAGCUCUGUCUGCAGAUCAAGGUAGUGUAUGCACAGAGGAAGAGGCAGGCAGGCGGGUCUGGAGUGUGAAAAAUAGAGCGAGGUGUUGGCUCGAGAGUUGAAAUGAGGACACAGUCGCUGUGAAUGAAGUUCGUGAGUGCAGUAGAGGGGACGGGGAACAGAGCGGCUUUUUUGUUUUUUUCUGUUUUAUUUGGUCUCACGUCGAAUUUUCAGCCUCUCCUGCCUAAUGAGAGCGAGGAAGGCUGUUUCGGAGCUGACUCAUGCCCCUCGCUCCCCGGCUCCUUCCCUCUCUCCUAACCAACAACAUAAUCACUCCACUCCUGAGCCUCGUUCUCUUCCACUCCCCUUUCUUCUUCUUCUUCUCCUUCAGUUUGCGUACAGUUGUUUUUUCCUCCUCUCCUCUUUCUACCUCCUCCUUGAAAAAAUCCUCAUACUCCACUUAGACAUAUUUCAACCCAUGCUAAUGGAACACUGGGCCAGAGUUCACUCAGAUGUAGUGUUUGCAAUAGUUGUUUUCAGCGCCGGCUUUAUCGGACAUGCAUUUCAGAGUGUCUUCCACUUGUUCGAGUGUGUGUGUGUUUGGAGUGAGUGGGUGAGAGGCAGGCUAAUGCAUCAGCCUGUCCGCACAGUGUGAGAAACACUGACAACAUGCUAACCCUGGGCAGACACUCUAAUGCACUAACACUUGAGCGCAAUGCUUUUAGUCAGACUCUUCAGCGUGUCACAGGUGACUAUCCUUUUUUUUUUUUUUGGAAAUCUCUGUUUGAUGUGAACAUGAAUACAUAUUUAGAGACCCUGCGUGCCCAUAGCAUCAGCUUUUAUCAUCGCAUUAAUUCAGCGCUCAGUCCCAAACGGUUCACUCGAAACAUACACAGAAAGCUUCAACUGUGACUCCGUCUACGUAAAGACUGUGUUUGCAAGAGAAGGAAGUGUUAAAAAAAAAAAAAAAAAGUCACACACUGAUGCCGAUCCAUGUGUUAUGAUGAUGUAAUGUAAUGUAAUGUGAUAUGUGCUGCCUAGAUACUGAAGCUUGGAUCCAUAGCUCGAUUCCUAGCGAAAGCCCUGGACCCGCCGACUGAGAAGGCCGUCAACCUCGCCAUCAAGAACCUCAUGGACCUGGUAAGGAAGAGUAAAGAUCUCUGGACAGUUUAAAGGGGGGUACAAUUAACAGUAACCCUUUCUUUUACGGUACACUUAUUACCAGGUAAUUAACAGGUAAUUACUGAGUAACAACAUGAAAUUAUCUGGUAAUUACAUGAUAACUACUAAGUCAAUACUGUCUAGUUUUUCUUUUUUCUGUGCAGCUCCAUUUUCAAAAGCUAUUUGGGGUUCUUAUUUUCUAUGAUUGACACUUGAUACAGCCUAUGGGCGUGCGAAGAUUGCGUAACGAUACGCUGUUUGAGCCGAGCAUUAUCACAGCGACUCACCCGCCGAAUGUGUACAAUGCUACUGCGCAAGUGGUGGUUCCAGGAGGCGGAGAAAGUCCUGGAAAUACCAGAGCAAUUCGGCUUCAAAUUUGUAUGAUGAUGGAAGGUUACCUACCUGGUAGCUAGACAGUAUUGACUUAGUAGUUAUCAUGUAAUUACCAGAUAAUUUCAUGUUGUUACUAGGUAAUUACUUGUUAAUUACCUGGUAAUAAGUGUACUGUAAAAGAAAGGGUUACCCAGUUAACAAGUGUAUGGCCAGAGCUCAUUACUGAUUGGGAAAAAUAUAGAAAUUAGAAGUAAAAGUUCUUACACACCGGGCAAUAGGCGAAGACAUGCGAAAAGGCGAAUGUUUUGCCCGCAAUUUUUUUCUGUACACACCGAGGCAAUGCGAUUAUGCAAAUAAAAAUCUGCUAAGCGAAUAAAGUUAGGCUCUUCUAUAAUAUAUAUCUAUAAAACCAUACACUAAUAUUUACCGAACUUUGAAAAAGUUGCCCCAAGCUGGUUAGUUAGCUAGCUUAGCGUCAUAUUAUGCUAGCUAAAUUAGACAUCUAUGUUUGAGGAUUGAUGUAACAUGAAUAUACUCACCAGGUAAGUUUAGGUCUUCCUCUAUUUCCUGCCACAUAUUUUCUUUGAGGAGAGUGUCGUGAAAUAUUUUAAGGGACUUGUCCCAUAAAGCAGGGCGCUCCUGCACACUAAUGAUAAAGCGCUCAGUCAUGGUGAAUGAAUGCAGACUAGGGCUGAUGCUGCCAGUAAAGUUUUGAUGUGACCUCAUCGACAUAACAUCAUUUUGAUUGGUCAGAGGUCUGGUCGUUUGCCUUUUCGCCUCCACAAAAUUUGACACGAGAGCGAAUAAAUAACAGUCACAAAUUUUUGCUGCCAGUGUUUAAGGUCGCAUUGACUUCAAUAGGUUUUUAAAAAAGCGUAUUAUUCGCCUCGCAAAUUCGCUCCCAGUGUUUAAGGACCUUAAGGAUUCUUCAUGACCUGCUGAAGUCAAAAGGAUUAACAACACAAAAAUCAAAGAUUUUUAUUGGACGACCUUUUAAACUUUUUAUGGAACAAACUGAAUCUGAUUCUGAGACCAUCCACAAUCCUGCUGUUGUAAUUUCCAGCUCCUGAAACUGGGGGUUGGUGUCAGACCAGAGGGUUUACAGCAGACUGAGACAGACUUUUAUUACUUUUUUCAAGGAAAUACCCUCAGCGAGUGAUGCAUGUCACUGUUCAUAAGACAGCAGGAUGUGUUUCUAAAAACAAGACUGUCUCUGUGCACAUUUAAAACUCCUUAAGGCAGCUUUACAUUUUCUCCAAUCAGAGUCACACUCUACAGAAAGCUUAUGUUGUUCAUCAGAGGCCUCUGCCUGUUUUCUUGCUGGCAGCAUCCACUUUCUUUAUAAAACCAGUGAAUCAGCAUUUCCGCCCUCAGUGUCAGCUGCCUGUGUCGCUGCACUCCCAGCUGAGUAUAGUUCAACUUUUGAACCACUGCGUGAGUGACCCAUGUCAUGUCGUCACAGAUCAAUCAAAAUCAAGAAGGGACCAGACUUCAGAUCUGAACUUUGUCUUCAAUAUAGAGGUUAAAUGAACUAUACUUAGUUUCCAGCACAGCUACUUCUAAUGCUUUUUGUUUUAUUUCAAAAUGCUGCUGAAUGAAAGCAAACAGAGCAUUUUCAACACGCACCCAGCAGUGACUGCUUAAGGAAGAUGAAGUGCUGUUAGAGAACUUUGGUAACCUAGCAACAGAAAGUGCCAGUAAGAAGCGCUCAGAAAAUGAGGUCCUGGAUGCUACCAGAGCAAAAACGGCUUUAAAGGACACAGACCUAUAAAGCUCCAAAGCCCGUAAUAUUAGUUUUUCUUUUCUUCAUGUUAUUAAGAAGAAAGUAAACCCGGAAUCCCAAAGACUGGAGGAAGGAGCGCUUCUGUUUCUCAAAAUAGGGAAAAAUGCUGACAUUAUUUUGCAGGUUUGGUGCAUCCCCUGAUCAGUAAACAGUUGAAAUUUCCAUAUUUUUCCAUACCCUACUUUUUAGAAUUAUUUUUAGAAAUACCUACUUUUCCAUUUUAGAAAACAGUAUUUUAGAACUACGGUAAUAGUUUAGAAGCAGAAAUAUUUCUCCAUACUUUAUUUUUCAUUUUCCAUACUUUUUAAGGCCUGGAAAUUGAUCAGAUCUAUUUCCAUACUUUUCUUGUGUAGGAACCCUGAUUAUACUUUCACGAAGGGAAGACUAAACUCAGUUUAGGCGAGGGGUUGGUAAUUAUUUCGUCUGAAGGGCCACAUUGGGUUUUAGAUAUCAGUGGACGGUCCGGCCAGGUGGUGCUCGAAACAAACCUCUGGAUUGGGGGUUAACUUACAAUCACGCUUGAUGACAGGGAAAAUGUAAAUUUGCCCCACCAGAGACAGUUGAUGAUACAAUAUUUGGCUCAUGGAGUAAUGUUCCUUUUUUUGUGACGCUCUGCAGGCCGGGCCGGAUGAAAUUGUUAAUCAGGCCACAUGUGGCCCCCAGGCAUUAGUUUGCCCACCUCUGGUUUAGGUCAUAGUUUCCUGUUUUCUUCAGAAGUUCUCCAGGUAGCAGGACCAGGUCUCUCAAAACCAGAAUAAGGAACAUUCCUGGUUUCUGAAUUCAGGAUUGGUCUACAAGCACAAAUGCAAAAACUCGGCACUUCAAAACCUCAAUCAUAGUUUGAACUAUUUAGACGCACUCACUGAAACUUGUAAAUGUUUGAAAUCCCUGAUUAACUGUCAAACUGAAUAAGGAACAUCCUCUAUCUCCAUCCUGAUUGUGCUCUUGUUAGCUCUGCUGAUCUGUUUUAACUCCACAAGCUGUAGUUCUGGAAGUACCGGAGACAGUUUCAUGUUAGGAGCAGAAACUUUCUCUUUUAGCACGUCGUCUCAAGGUCUCCCGUCUGAAAGCAUUUUCUCUGCCUCCAUUCCCAGGAAUGCUUUCUUAUAGUUCUUUUUUUUUUGUUUGUGAAGGACAAAUGACACAAAAAGUGAGGACCUCCAGAGAAUUUAGUAUUUAUAACAAGAUUGAACAUGUCCGGUAUUUCAGGCUUAGAGGGCUGGCGCAUAAUCAGAAUGAGAAAACUGCAUCCAAAUCUGACUCACCUAAACCAACACUGUUAUAUAAAUCAAAGAAAUGAUCUUUCUCUAAAAUGUUGCCUUUUAAAAAAAGCUUCAGCUCCAAAUAAGUUUAUUUUUUUGUUUGUCUCUGGAGUUUGACUCUGUAACAAAACAAUGCGUCUUCAUUUUUGGAGUAUUUUGUCGAUAUCUUAAAAAACAACCUCUUGUCCGGUGUUUUUAUAGAACGCUCUGGACGGCGAAGAGAAUCUGACCGCGCUGGGUUUCCACUUGGCUCGUCUACCUGUAGAGCCUCACAUCGGCAAGCUAAUCCUGUUUGGGGCUCUGCUGGGCUGCCUCGACCCUGUGCUCACCAUCGCCGCUUCACUCAGCUUCAAAGACCCUUUCUUCAUACCCCUGGUAGGUCAGCGAGUUCACCGAACAUAAAAGCGUGGAGCAUGCGGGUAAUGACACUCAGGCUCAAUUCAACAUGUAGCUGCUCUCCGCCGUCUGACUCAUGUUUUUAUUUUCUCAACAAAGUCGGACUUGAAAUGAUGUUUGAGGCCACCUGUCUGUCUCAGGGUAAAGAGAAGAUGGCAGACAUGAGGAGGAGGCACCUGUCCAGGAACUCCAAGAGCGACCACCUCACUAUAGUCAACGCCUUCCAGGUACAAGAGCCCUACAUUCAGGACCUCCACUUGAUCUCUUUCUGCUGUAUAAAUUGAACCUGAGAGGAUUUAUAAUCUCUUUAUCGGUCAGGGCUGGGAGGAAGCGAAGCAGCACGGCGGCAGGUGCGAGCGGGAGUACUGCUGGGACAACUUCUUGUCUGCCAACACGCUCCAGGUGAGCCAGACCUGUCGUAAAGGCUUUUCUGAGCUCCGCACUCACGGGUAUGUCGAUAAUAACCAAAGUUCCUUUUAUCAUUCAGAUGCUGCACAACAUGAAGGGUCAGUUUGCCGAGCAUCUGAUGAAUGCAGGAUUUGUCGGCAGCAGGGACCCCAAAGACCCCAAUUCCAACGUCAAUUCAGGUAACAGUGAGGACGCUCUGACUGUAAUAAGGAUUUCACUGCAGACCAGUAAUAAAAUAACCCUUUGUCUCUUUUUUUUCUCCGUCCUCUUAUUUUGUCAGACAAUGAGAAGUUAAUCAAGGCGGUGAUCGUCGCUGGUCUGUACCCGAAAGUGGCCAUGAUCAGACCGUCACACAGCAAGAAGAGGCCAGGGUGAGUCCGCAAACUCAAAGAGGAUGACGAUGAACAAAGACGGGGAGGACAAUAUAGGGAAUGAACCGCACAAUCACGCCCAUUGAUCUGAAGAUGGGGAAAACGGCCUUCACACUCGAAUAGAUUAUCAGAUCUUCAGUGAAGAGGUCGGCGAGGGGGCUGCGACAAUUACUCGCAGCGAGGAGAGCAUUGUCAAAACUGCUGCAGAUCAAUGCGUUCACAUGAGAUUCUCCCAAAGCAGCUGUCAUAGGCACCUGAAACUGCCGCCGUGGGUAAGGUGUAAGAUAAAGGGAUUGAUGGCGUGCUGCUGGACCUGCCCGUUUGAAAAAAAGGCUUAAAAGUGAGGUAGGCAGGGUCUGAGGAAGUGCCAGUUUUUGGGAGAAGUCUUGGAUGUAAACUCUACCCCUCCCAACCAGUUUUCCUCCAAGCUCCAGCAAGCCCCGCCCACAAACAGACGACAGGACCUGAGCUAAACAGUUCAGCGGCGCUACGACACGCAGCAGGUCUCAUUUGACAAGAAACACUUCUGUUACAGACUUUGUUCAAGAGGUUUACCUGUCCAGCAGAAAGGUUACAGGGUCUGUAAGAUCCUGAAGCGUCCCCCAUCAUUGUUGACCUGGCCUCAUAGCUCUUGUCCGGUCUACCUCCUUUUUAAGCGCCCGUUAUUCCGCCAGAGUCUCCAAUAUUUACCUCAUUUUCUUGCAUGUGUUUGUGGUUAUGGCUAAAGGAGGAUUCAGACAAUUUUCCGUACUUUCUGGUUGGUUUCUACUGUCUGAUAUUGUAGCACGCUAACUUUGUUCGGGUUGUGAACGACACGGGGGAGCGGCGUCCGCCUAACCAAUCAGGAUGGGGGAGACGGAGAAUGGCUUUGUUUACAGUCAGAAAGAGCGAGCCGUCAAAAAAUUUAAAAUGUUGACUAACACAGACAUAAGAGAACACAGCUAUAUCGUUAUAUUACCAAAUGUCAUCAAUAACUCAUAGCGACUGAUAUUAAAAGCUUUUUUGUUUAUACACCACAAAAAAAGAUGCUGCCUUGAGUACGUGGUUAUACCCAUACUCACUUUCACAUGGUAUCUCCCUCAGGGUUAAGGUGUACACCCAGGCUGACGGAAAGGUGUGUAUCCACCCGAAAUCCGUCAACGCAGAGGAGACGGAGUUCAACUAUACGUGGCUCAUCUACCACCUGAAGAUGAGGACCAGCAGCGUGAGUAGGCGAGGGGAUUUUAACACAAACAAAUGUGUUUUUACAGCCGAGUGCUGGUUUUCAUAUCCUUUUGAUUGACUGUGUUAGAGGGAAAGAAGGACCGGUGGUUAAAGGUUGAGAGUGGUGCCAUAGCAGCUUUACACUGAAUGAAUAUUUGAUUAAAAGGCUGCCUUUCAACUCUCAUUCAAAGGCUCUUGUGCUUCAAAGCCUCCAAACACAAUGUAGGAGAUGGUCGCAGGGGGGGUAAAACGGUCAAUGUGGCUCCCUGACUGCCGCCCUUCCCUCUGCUCCCUCUUUCUACCUCUCUGUUUUUACUCCUCCCCUCCCAUCUGUCCGUCUUUAUUCUCUCCGUUUCGUCUCUGUCUGUGAAUGUUCGACAGGAAAAAGCAGCUUUCAUGUCCACCCUCAUUGUCUCCCAUAACGCUAGUUUCCUCUGCCGCCUAUCCUUUGCUGGAUUUCAUCAUCAUUAUGUCUUCUCUUUUUCAAACUCUCAAAGCGGUGGAAGUAGUUUUUCGCAGACGAGGCUUUGAAUUUGUGUGAAUUAUUAAAAGCAAAGUAAUCAGAGAUUGGGAGAUUGUCAGGGACGUUUGUUUACCGAGGUCGGCGAAUCACGACAUUAAAGUUCAUUUCCUCUGAUGCACUCGCCCCUGAUGGUCUGUUAUAUUUCACAUUCAUGCAGAUAUCCACGCAGACAUCUCUCAGACGUCCCUCCUUGAUUCAUUUUCCCUUCUGUUGUGUGCCCACCUUCACCUUCCUCUUCUUCCUGGCGCUCUUUUUCAACGCUUCACUCAGCUGCUAAUGCGUUCUCUGUGGCUUUUGACCUGAGAGCUGAGCCGUUUUUGUGAGUGCAUGCAUUUAGAUUAGCACAUUAAAUCUCACCUGUAGCUGUCUGCACUAUCCGGAGUUUUCUGUUUUUUUAAAUUUUUUUAUAUUUGUGGCGACAUUUACUUACACCGUCAUCAGUUUAAACUUUGCUGUUUUUCAAUCUACUUUGCAUAAGCAGCUGUGAAUCUAACAUGCAAAGCAGAGUUGAUGCAUUUGCAAGAUACAACAGGCAGGGCAAGAUGACAUUUCUCUUCCACUGUGGGCACAGAAAGCAUUUCAACCUCACACGGCCUCUCUGCUAAUGGGACACUUUCAGCCCACACCGCAGAGGAGCUGUUGGGUCACCGUGUGUCAUAAUGAUGCUGCUCCCCCCCCCGUCACCACGCGCAGAGAUGUGUUUUGUUUGUUAUACUCGAGUCACGGUGUGUAAGCCACUUCUUCUCCUGCGUGUCCUCAGAUCUUCCUGUAUGACUGCACCGAGGUGUCCCCGUUCUCCCUGCUGUUCUUCGGCGGAGACAUCACGAUCCAGAAAGACGAGGACCAGGAGACGGUCGCCGUUGACAAGUGGAUCGUCUUCAGGUCGCCGGCACGUAUCGCUCAUCUUGUCAAGGUAAGAUCAGCUCAGUCAGGAUGAGUAAAAUCUCUAUUUACUAGGGCUGUAAAGUCUGAAUCGACUGGUCGACGUAUUGGUUGAUACCAUAGACUGUUUAUACUAUGGACAACUUGGUUCUGCCUUCCGCCAGUAUACGGAUUUGAAGCCGAAAAGCUCUUGGUAAUUUCGCGUUUUUUCUCUGCUUCAUUAAACCAACAUUGCGCAGUAGCGUUGUAUGCAUUUAGCAGGAGAGUCGCUGAUAGUCGCUGUGAUGACGCUCGGCUCAAACACGGCCAUAGGCUGUAUCAAGUGUCAAUCAUAGAAAAUAUAAAACGCCUAAUAACUUUUAAAAAUGGAGCUGUACAGAAAAAAAUGACUUUAGCACAAACCAGUCUUACAGUAACUACAUGUCAACAUCGCAAGCAGGGGGGAGAAAAAUGUAUAUUCUUUGUAAUUAAUUAGUUUGUCCACAGCUCCAUAAGGAUUGCUGGAAGAGGCAGGAUUUAAGACCUAUACUGCAGCCCGUCACCAGAGGGUGCUGUUCUCGCGGUGGCUUCACAGCAAGAGGAGGCAGACGGCAUCUAUUCUAUACACAGUCUAUGGUCGAUAUAUACUGAGUCGACCCAAAUUCAGAUUGUUCGACUUGAUUUUUUCCACGUCAAUUUAUAGUCUAUGGUUAAUUUCAUCAGGAGGAACAUACCAAGUGCUAAUGGAGUUGUUUUUAGAGCACCCCCAUUUCACAGGUAGCAGCCUGUCUCAGAACACCCCCCUUGUUUUCGCCAUUUUGGAUUCACCCAAUCCAAUGGAGACUAGCUGGAGACAGGAAGAUUGAAGAGCGUCCACAUUAAUCAACGCCAAGUCUCACCCCCCUUACCGCCCAUUAGUCGAUUUUUGGUCAGAAAUUUCAGGGUUUAGUCGACUAAGAAUUUCCUUGAUUGAUUACAGCCCUACUACUUACAGAUUCUGUUAAAAAUGUUGAACCUGUGAGAUGUGGGCCUUGGUUUUGUUUGCACAUUUGUAGUCCAGGUAGUAUCCACGACACAUUAGUAGUCUGAGUGGAGUCGCAAAUUCAGGUAGAAGGCAAUUCACUAUGAUGAUGUCCCAUCUGACAACUGAUUUAUCUCUACAGACAGACAUCUGCAUGCAAGUGCUAACAAUCUAUCCUGGAUCGAUAAUUCGAACUUUUGUAAAAACUUUCUCAACACCGUCACGAUGCAAGCUGUAAUUAGAUUUCCAGACUGGCCUGAAUGCAUCAGAAAUGAUUCAUCAGACCUCCAUCGGUACUUUGAGUUGUUUUCUUUCCGUCUGGAAGACAGAUCUAACAACGUUUGCAUUUUAACUUUUUGAAAAUCUGUUUAUACCGCUGAAGUAAGCAAAGGUGAAGCCUCUGUGAUUUAUUAUGAACCGUUUAUCAGAAAUGAACGAGUGCUGCUCCCAGGCGCGGUGAACAAAGAAAUGACAGAUUCUUUUGCAGAUGAAUUUGGAGGGGUACAUUUUGGCUCUGGUUUUGAUCUGAAUUCAGGAUUUCAUCUCGUUUAACUUCUGGACACUUCUGGAAAUGCUUUAAAAGAUGAUCAUUGUUCCAACGUCAGAAUUAACUUCUGCCUACUGCCAUUUUUAGAGUUUAAAAAGAGAGCUGGAUUCUCUGCUGGAAGAGAAGAUUCGCUGCCCCGCCCCCGUGGACUGGCACAACCGUCAAUCCAAAGACUGCGCUGUCAUCACAGCCAUCAUAGACCUCAUCACGACGCAGGAGAAGCCGUCGGGCAGCACCAAAGGUUACGGCAGACCGUGGACGUCUGGGCCGAGGGGGCACCACACUUACUUCAAUGACGAUGACGACGACGAUGACGAUUAAGAGGCAGAGUGGGGGUUUCCGGAGCCUGGGAAAAAAGACUGACUACAUCCUUCGACACUGAGGGUUUGGCUGGGAUGUUUAUGAUAACCAGCUGCUCUCAUUGAUGGUGCUGCUUGGUUUCAACUUUAGUUUUCCCCUGGUGCUCCUUAAGGCCAAAACCGAGAUGUAAAAACCCUGGAAAAAAUGCACUUGAAUGACUCCCAGUGUAAUUUAACGUUUCCUUCUCAGUAUUUUGCAAGGACCGGUGUUUAAAAUCUCUCUGUAGCUGUUUUUAGUUUGAACGAUGUCAUUAAAGGAACUGCACAACAAACAAACACUCUCCCAUCAGAGCUUUAUCCGAGAUGAAAUCCUACAAGUUUAGACAUCGAGGAAUAAAAAUGGAGGCGUUUGUUGGUCUGCGGCGGCGGGCUCUCCUCAGGGAAAGAAAAAAAGAUGUCACAUUGGCGUCAAAGAGUACAAGACAGGCCUUAGGGGAUAAAGCUUUUAUUUAUGGUGGUAGAUUAAAAUACAAGGCUGACUAAGUAGCAAUAUAAAUCUGUAUUCUGGAAAACAUUCAUAUUAUAUAAUUCAUGCUGUUUUACAUAUUUACAGUGCGCAGAUUUACAAUACUUACAAGUUACAGAGAGUGAUUGAAAUAAAGGUCAGUUCAUGCUCGUAGCUCUUUUUUCCCUGAGUGCAAAUGCAAAGCUUCGUCUGUCGUCCUUCCCGCUAACCCUCAUACUUCUCUUCAUGUAGUUCAACAGUUGCGGCCGUGACGUUUGGGCAGGUGCCAGAGCUGCGUAAGCUUGAUAGAUGGCGUGACGACCGCGCUCAGACCGGGCUAUUCGUAUCCUCGGGCCAGGCGAAAAAAAGAUGACUCACGGUGGACAAUCACAUUAAAAGCAGGGCUGGGCCAUCAGCUCACACAGAAAUUAAUUUUAGCUUCCCUCUGCGCCAUCACAGGUAUAAAUCUACGGAGAGAUAUUAAGAUUACACCCCUGGCUGGCAUCAAAGUACGCGCCGUAUUUCAAAGUGUCCGGAUCAUUGAGCGGACGGAGAGAAAAAUGUCGUUUGUCGAAGGAGCGUAGAGUUUGAUUCAUGGUGUUGACAUUAUAACUGGUGAAAAACAGCCAGGUGGAGACGCGAGACUUGGCUCCUCUGAAUGACACGAUGAUAAUACACCAAGUUGACUUUACAUCAUCUACACAAUCACGAUAUAAUCUAUUUACACAAAGUGCCACGGGCUUCAGACAAGCAUUCAACUCUUCUCUUUUGCAGCUUAACAACCCGUUUGUAUUUUCUAGUCGAGUAAAAAAUUCGUUUGUGAACAGAUGCUAUAGAAACGCUGCUACAAGUUUCAGCACUAACCCACACGCUGCACGGAAUCAGCUGCCAAACCCACGCUCCAGCCUUAUCAUCACUCCCCCCUCCUCCCAUUAACAUCUUCAUAGUUUCAUUGUUCCUGGCAAAGCUCCUGAUCACAUGACCCGAGGCUCAUUAACCGCACACAUCAGGCUGCUGUCAGUUUGACACUAUUUGGUCGACUUUACCUGCGAUAAUGUGGUCGUGAGUCGAAUCAUUGCACGUCACUUUCAAAACGAAAUAUGUUUUAAAAAAUCGACAAAUUUCAUGCUGGCAGUUUAAUGCAGCGUGGAUCUGAAAGCUGUGACCCCUGCAGUGGGUGUGAAGUUUUCUCACCAAGCGAGGAAUUAAUGAAUGUGACAGAUCCCACUGUUGAGCCAGCCAACCCACACGGGGGCUGAUCAGUAAUUAGGGAAGUCUCUAUUCUUCCACUGUUUGUUCUGAACAGUGUUCGCUGUGAAACUCUGAAAGCUGAGUCGAAGUCCGGACAGCGCCCGAGCGAGUCCUCUCAGUCCCUGCUGGCGGGUCGUUGGCGCCGCUUCUGAACUUAUUCGCCCUGGUUGGCCAGGAAAAGGUCACUCUUGUGCCAAAAGAUUCCGCGGAGAGAGCCCUCCGUGGUUUUAGCACCUUCCUUCAUUCGGCUCACACGUUGGUCUCCAGCCCCUGUAGGCGGUCCAUCCUCUGCAUGUUGCGCUCGAUGGUGGCCUGGCAUGUGAUGGCUUCGGCGCACUCUGCGAGGAACCAACCUCUCUCUCCGUCCCGCAGUCGCUCACCUUCAUACCAGCCUGAAACAGUCAACGCAGGGAAAGUUAGACGUGUUAGGUGUCAUUUUGGUUUCUCUGAGGCUUCUUUUACAUGACAAGAAAGAUGAUCUUUGACCUCUUUGUUUUUCCUCCUGAUUUGAAACCACAUCUUCAAGAGCAGACAGAAUCAAGAGAGACAGGUUUACAAAAGGAGGUUAAAAAAGGAGGAAUAUUUAACAAGCAGCUAAAGGACGAAAGAAGGGUGAAAGAGACAUUUAAGAGCUGACGUACCGUCUUCUACAGUCUGGGAGACGAACACCACGUCAGCCACCUGCAAGGACAACUCGUCUGGCUGCUUGGCUGUGUAAGUUCUGAUCACCUCCACCUGCAUGACAUCUAAAAAAACAACACACAAAUACACAAACAUGAAAUAAAUCACUGCAGACCAUGAAAACAUGCCUUAUCUGGAUUGAAAUUUAACUGUUAUGUGGUCUUUCUAGGAAAAACAGUUCAACACAAUGACCACAAGGUGGUGCUGUAAGCUAAAGAGAGUUAAAGGAGCGUGUACGAGGCGACUCACAGGAUCUGUCCUGACUCUUCUCCUUGUUGACGUUCUGACCCAGAGCGCUGAUCCAUCGGGCUCGCUCAUUCCUGAAAGCACACGACAGUUUACAAGAAUUAUUCAGCUGUGUCAAAACAGACCAAGAAUCCUUAAACUCCUCUUUUUUUUUAAAGGUUUCCUCGCCUUUAAACAGGUGGUUAAACAAGUUUAAAAGUGCUGUUUCUAACAAUAAACCAAAUUCAUACAACUUAGCAGGCCUCCGUGUGCAAAAAUGAACAGCUAUCGAGGUUAGGAUUUGAAUCAUUUUGUUGCCGAGCAGGUUUUCGCCUUUCCUCCUCACCCUCCUCUCUCGUUCCGCUGUCAACAGGAGAACAGAGGUGUGUUUUCAGUGCAAGAGAGGUGAAGAGGAAAAGCACAAAGGCGGAUUCUCCAGAGAGCACCGACUGGGUUUUUGCUUUCUUCUUCUCUCUAAAAGCGUUUUGUGGGAAAAAAAAAGAAAAAAAAUAACAGCGGGUGGAGUCGCGCAGGUCAGAUUCCAAGAAACUCUAUCUCUCGUUUCACCUGCUCUCAUCUGCUACUGCAGGAGGGGAGGGCCUGGAUUUAGAAAGGAGGACAGAUAAGGGGUGCAGGAAAUGAAGCUGAGGGGGUUGUGGAGGCCUCUAUAUGACUCAGCAGCAUGCAGAUGCGCAGACUAUCACACAACGUUUUCUGUGAAUGCUCUUUAUUUCGGCUUGGAGAGGACCUCAAACGGGCAAGUCCCAUGAGUCAGACCUCAUUAUUGUGCUCCCAUUGUGCACUGGCCAGUUUUGAUCCCUUUCGGGACACACAGGCUGUUAAACAGGCGGUCACGUCAUCCCUCAACAUCUAAUUGGACUGUGUGAACUUUCCAUAAACUUUUACAAGAAUUAUCUUAAAUAAAAUCAUCAACUCUAGAGUUAGAGUCUGUUAAAGUUCAUCCAUAAAGCCAUAUUGUAAUUGGGGGAGUGUGACCUUUGGAGUUUUAUGACAGAUUUUAUGGUCUCAAUAGAAACUUAUUAGACCUAUUUGUGCUCUGCAUGACUUAGGAGGCUGUUCGUAGAUGGAAAGUCUGAGAUAUGACCCAGUAAAUCAACUAUUUUCUUUUCAGUUCUUUAAAGUUUCUUUUUUUUUCAUAUCCAAAUUUGUCCGAUCCUCCAUCUGUGCUGACGAUGCAACUUGUAACAUCCGAGCUCCACUGUGGGAAAGGCAGUUGUUAGUCCAUGCUUUUGACAGCUGGACACACAUGCUGACAGUCAGAUACAAGCGCACAUGUUUGUACGACACCGCAUCCCGACAGGUCGCCUCCUCAUGUUUUAACAGCUGAAAUACUUUAUUGUAACUAAGAAGCGACGCGCAUUCAACGUAUUCACCGUGGGCGCAAACAGGCGACCCCACAUGUUUGAGAAGCACUUAAUGGUUAUCUGAGGAAUGCAAAGCACAUACCAAACAAACUUCAGGUGAAAAAAAACUGCCUUUCAACUCCGUGUGUGUGUGUGUUUACAUGCAGGCUUGUGAAUACCACAUAUGUACAAAGAGCAGGUGCUUGCCCUCUUCGCCUCUGCAUAACUGCAGGACUGUGCAGGAUCAGUCGUUUCGUGGUAGUAAAGCUCCCUCUUUUUUUCCUCUAACCCCUCGCACCCCCCCAAUGUGAAAGGGAACCAUAAAUCUGUUGUCAGAGGUUCUGGUUUCACAUCUGAAAAGCAAAGAGGUCCUCGCUUGCCGCGCUGCAAAACCUCUUUCGCACAAGUAGAUAAAGAGCGAUGACAGCCUCCCUCUAACCCUCCUUCCUCUGCCAACUUACAAACCAACGCCAGACCGCUGUUUUUCAUCUCUUUUCUGAAUUUCUCCCUCACCUCUCAGCCCUUUCUGCUGACUCUUAUCGGUCUGUUUACUCUCCACCGAGUCCUUUCUUUUUUUCCCGUUUAACCGCAGUUCCAGAGAAGUUCUGGGGUGCAGUGGAUAACAUCUCGUCCAGCCAGGGAAACUCCCAAGCAGGAGGAACAAUUCCCAUCAACAAGUUCCCCGUUAUCAUAUAAAUGAAAGCAGACAUAGGAGGGAACAAAAAAAAUUAUAUAAACCAAAACAGACAGAGUCAAAACGAUAAUAAAAAACAAAGCCAAAGUGCGCACCAGCAGUACAGACACCCUCCUCCGGUCGGGGCUCUUAUGUAACCGUUGCUGCUUUGUGUUAUAGCUGCAUAUCUGACUAACAGAACUGUUUUGCAGCAGACCCUCUAUAGCUCCUCUG